AAUCACAGAGAAGAGUGAAGCAGCCAUGGGAAGCCGACUGGGGAGCAGAGUAGUCCACUUCCCGAACCUCCCAAUCAAACUCCUGAUGCCAACCACCUUCACCAACAUCACCGAAUUCGCACUCAAAACUAUCCCCUCCGCCUCCAAGAUCGAAAUCAAGCGCGUCCUCGAGUCCCUCUACGGCUUCGACAUCGAGAAAGUCCGAACCCUAAAUAUGGACGGCAAGAAUAAGAAGCGCGGCGGCCUCUUGAUCGCCAAGCCCGCCUACAAGAAGGCCUACGUCACGCUCAGGUCACCGCUCUCGCUGAACCCGGAGCUGUACCCGAUCGGAGCCGUGGAGGAGGAGAGGAAGGCGACGGCGGCGGGGAAGAAGGGGAGCAAGUCGAGCGUGGUGGAGGAGGGAGAGGGGAAGAAGCAUUGGCUGGAUGGGGAGGAGAAGGAGAAGGUGAGAAGGAAGAGGUUUGAUGGCUCUCCGGUUUUCGGCGACGGCAAGGAGAAGUUUCCCUGGAGCAAUAUGAGGUUCCGAUGGUACCCUUGAAGGGCUAAAUCUCACUCCGGCAUAUAUAAUCCGGGGUCCCCUAUCCUCUUAAGCUGGAAAUCUUAGAUUGUUGGGUUAAAAUAAUUUAGGACAUCGAUGACCUUCGUCUGAAGCUGAAUCUGCCCCCAAUUGAGUUGGGUCUUUGUUGGC